UGAUGGUAUCUGUACCCCGAGUUUUGCCUUUCAGGCAGCUAAGCCUAUCGGGUAGCCUUCUGGUCGGUCGGUGCAGCAGUAUUUAGUUAUGUAUUUAUCAUUGGUCAUGCCAGAUGUAAACCACCGUAUGUAAAAGGGAUGAAACCCCAGAGCCUCCUGUGUAGGACUGGUCGGACUGUGCAGACUCAGUGGAGCGGGGAGGUGCCUGCGAAGCUAAAUUGAGGACGAAACAACACGGAUAUGCACUAAACAGGCCACAAACUAGCUGUCCGGGGAAGUGUUCUGCAGUUUAAGUUAACAUUUUGUAUGAGAGAGAUUUUAUAUGAGAGAGAGAGAGAGAACAGAACAGAAGCAGACACAGAGAGGAAUCAUGUUUGAGAACUUCAAAGAAAGACUUCACCUGGUGCAGCAGGACUUCACAACGGGGUUCAAGACACUUGGAGACAAAUCAAAAGAUGCCAAAAUAAAGAGAAGACCCAGGUUUGAAGAAAACCUUCCUCAUUUCAGCACUGGACUGGAAAUUCUUAACAGGUAUGAAGAGAGAUGGUUUCUGCUCCACAAAAGAACUAAAGACUGUGCUCAGGCUGCAGAGGCAGCAGAUGGUGACAUAGUGAUGGUGUCAGCGCACUGGGAAAAAAGAAGAACGGCCCUGAUACAACUCCUGGAACAACUGAAAAGCUUACCAGCCUUUGUCAGUGAACUUGAUGCCAUCACUGCUAACAUAGCUCAUCUGGAGGGUGAUUUUGAGGAGAUGGAGAGCAGACUGGCAUACCUGGAGACUCUGUGCUCUCAGUGUGAGCAACAGACGGUCAAACAACAUCAUAUCAACCAACUGGAAGUCUACAAGAAACAGAAGAGGAAGGAGGUGGAGUCGCUGGAAGCUGAGCUGAAUGCAGAGCAUGCUCAUAAGGUGGCAGAGUUGGAGCAGGCUAUGCAGCAAAAACUGAGAGAACGACAGAAAGUGUAUGAAGAAGCCUUUAUCCAGGACAUGGAGCAGUACCGGUCCACUGGAUACCUGCAGCAUACAGAAGCAGUAGGAGCUGAUGUGUGUGUUCUGGACGAGAUGACGGUGACUAAUUUGUUAGACCAGGAGGCUCUGGAUGACUUUCUGAACUCCACUGGUGAUGACAUCAGUACUGGAUCAUCACUGACCUCAGGUCCAGACUUCGGGUCCUGCUCUUCUGAAUCUUUGAGUCAGUCCACUCCUACAAACAUCCAAACAUCCAACCAGGACGCAGUGUGGCAGCAAGAAGAGGAAGUGGCCAAUGGGGAGAGUGAUAAGCCUGUGGUGCAGUCAGAUGAGGAGGAUGUUCAACCAGACAUAUCUUUGGUUGUUAUUCAGGAUGUUGGUGCAAACAAGGGCUCUGAUGAGAGUGACUCUACAGGGGACCUGCCCUCUGGGUGACCUCGCAAAGUCUAGGGUUGACUGUCACCAAAGAUUUUCUUUGUCAAUUAGAUGUCAGUCAAGGAAUUAGUCGACUAAUUGUCACAUAUUUAUGAUAAUAAGUCAUUUAUCUAAAUAUGAUAAAAUAUCUGAAAUACUUUUCAGAUGCAAAAGACAAUGAUUUGGGUUCCAAGGCUAAGAGAGAACAUUAUGACACUGUGACACAGUACAGAAAAAUCCAAAACUGCAGUGAAUAGUGAGCUUUUAAAAUAUAUAUACUUAGAAGUGCAUGCACAAAGUAAGGCACCGCAACAAAGGCAAACUGGUAGAUUAAGGAGUCUGUAUGUUUUGGAAAAGCACCUCAUCCUUUAUAAGUCAUCUCAGACAUCAUGGUGCUCUACCCUCAUGCUGCCAGGUCACUCACUAGCCCACAUGGACCCCGGUCAAAAAGAACUUCUACCUGAUGUCUCUCUGCUCCACCAGUCCCAGCUGUCCAGCCUAAUGACUUAUCUUACGGAAACCCUGACCUUCUUGUGUUUGCUGUUUACCCUUCCUUUAAUGCCUAACAUUUGUAAUCAUCAUCUAAUAACCACAGGCAGCAGCCGUCUAAAGGAUAAUGUCUGUCCGUGACUGACUGACUAUUUGUGAGGUUUUUUGUCCAACUGAAAAUGGGUUGACUAAAACUCCCUAUUUCAACUCACGUUGGUGCAGCGCUGGCAGCCACAACCUUGAAAACCCUUCAGUACUGGAACGCUUACUGCUGGUCCUUAAAAACACCUCUGCUGCUCUGGGUGCUGACUUGACACCACUCUCAGUUCUUGAAACAUUUUGAAAGCUCUCCAAAAUGUCCAUCAACAGUUCUUAAACAAUAAAGUCAAUAUAUUUUCUACUUUUCGACAUGAAAAACAAAUCAUAAAUUGAGCCUAAUAACUGUUAGCUUUUCCAAAACCACACAGUUCUGCCACAACAUGAAAACCAGAAGCAAAAUGAAAUGGACAAAAGAGGGUUUUGGGGAAAUGCAAUGAGAUGUUCAAUUUCUGUGCCAUAUGUCAAAACAAGAUUGAGAAUUUGGUUAAAAAAGUGAGUUUGUUUAUUUGCAUUUCAAUAAAGAAAAACUGCUGCGUCUAACAACAAACUGAA